GCGUCUACUCUGAGAUGGGGGAGAACGGAAAAGAAUGGAAACCACAGAAGCCGAUCAGCCAUUCAACUGCUUCUUCCAGGGUGAUGCCUGACAUUUGACGGUCCCUUGGGGCUUCUAUAGACUCCCCUCCUGCCUCAUCAUACCUCCCUAGCCCUAGUACUUGCCCCAUGUCAUCCCUAACUCCAUCCCUAUCCCUACCCCGCUAUGGAAGCCCCUGUCCGUUGCUGCUUAUGUGUAUGAACUGCUUUGCGAAGGCACUCGGGCACGUAUUUAAAACUUUAAUUGCCGACCGUUACAAUGAUUUCAGAAACUGGCCGGUGGACUUUCGCUGGGAUGAAGUAAGCACCCAAAGCAAUGGCCACCCCACACUGAGUGGCGCUGAGGCUGCUGCAGGUGUACUGUUGAUGCAGGCUACUCCACAGGGAGGCCGCGAUGGCUCCCAGACCCAUUUCCUGAACCAGAUUCGAGACCUGCCCCGCCAGCUGGUCAGUUAUGCACUGGCACACUCGUUAGGCCGCUGGCUAGUCUAUCCCGGGUCCAUGUUCAUCACGACCAAAGCGCUGCUGCCGAUGCUGCUCGAGGGCCAAGCUCUCCUCCUGGACAAGUAUAAAGGACAGCGAGCUAAGCUGAAGGCUUGUGACGGCAACGAAAUUGACACCAUGUUCCUGGACCGACGUAAGCAGCCUGGCAGCCGGGACCGCGGCCUGAGCCUAGUCAUCUGCUGCGAAGGCAACGCAGGCUUCUAUGAGAUGGGCUGUCUUGCGGCGCCGCUGGAAGCUGGCUACUCGGUCCUGGGCUGGAACCACCCAGGUUUUGCUGGGAGCAGCGGCGAUCCCUCGCCACAGAACGACGCCAAUGCCAUGGAUGUAGUAGUCAAAUACGCUUUGCACCGAUUGAACUUUCUACCUGAGCGCAUUGUGAUCUACGGCUGGUCCAUUGGCACUUUCACGGCCACGUGGGCCACCAUGACCUACCCACAGCUGGCCGCACUGGUGCUGGACGCUCCCUUUGACGACCUCAUGCCACUGGCCCUAAAGGUGCUACCUACAUUCUUCAAGGGACUGGUCGAACACACCGUGCGGGAGCAUUUCAACCUCAAUGUGGCAGAGCAGCUUUGCUGUUAUCCAGGGCCCGUGCUGCUCAUCCGCCGCACGCUGGACGAAGUGGUCAACACGGAGGCUCUCUCCUCGGAGAACGACGACGAUCAGGCCCCGCGCUCUAUCGACUUGGAGGGCAACCGAGGUAACUACCUGCUACUGAAGCUGUUAAAAUACCGGUACCCCAGAGUGAUGACGGAUGAGACCGUGGCGGCUGUGAAACACUGGCUGCAGGCGGCUAACCCGGAGCAAGAGGCUGCCAUAUGCCAGAAAUAUCGUGUGGAUGGCAAAUGGUGCUUGACUAUAUUGCAGAACUAUAAGACUAAGAUCAAUAAGUCCAGAAGGAAAUUAAGGUGGAAGGACCAAAGCACCUCCCCAAAGCCCUACAGCCCAGACUUCCCCUGGAGUGUGGGUGAGGGCCUGACCCCUGUCCAGCGGAAGAGACUUGCAAUAUUCCUAGCCCAGAAAUAUAUGAAGAACGUUGAGGCCACUCACUGCUGCCCUCUGGGUCCUGAGGACUUCCAGUUGCCAUGGACAUUGUAGAACUGGGUUGGGUUGGGCAAAGGUGGAAGGGGAGAGGGAGCUGAGAGGGAGGCUGGAAGAGGGACGGAACUUUCCUCUCUACUGCGACUGGCCUGCUCUAGGCUCCAGUUUUGUCCUGCCUCAUCCUGCCCCUCUUCUGGGUGCCAGUAAAACUGCCUCUCAAGGUGUGAGGCCCCAAAGAGGUUCUUCCUUUGGAGGUGGGGGGGGUGGGUUGGGAGGAGAUGAUUAUAACACCAUUAUGGUAUAUAAUGGACAAAACCCUUACCCUGGGAGAUAGGAGAUCUGGAGUCAAUUCAUAACUUGACCUUGCCCUCUCUGGGCCUCCUUUUCCUCACCUGAAAAAUAGGAGUGGGUUUGAUUAGAAAUAUGGGUUUUAUUUCAUUGAAAUGUUGAUUUCAACCUAUGAACAUUUAUUAAGAGUUUCUGUGUGCAGAGUAUUGUACUGAACAUUUGGGAGAGAUAUAACAUUUAGGUAAUAUGAGGACCCUACCUUCAUAGAGCUAAAUCUAAUAGGAUAAAAAUUAAUACAGAUAAUUCUAAUACGCACUAAUACACGACAAGUUUGUUUUUGUUUUUUUUAGGAGUGCUAAGCAAAAUGCUAUGUGAGGUCCUAGGAGAAAAAAAGUCAUGACUAGCAGGAGGAUCAGGGAAGGCUCCGUAGAGGAGGUAGCAUUCGAAAAAUAACCUUAAAGGAUGGGCAGAAAAUCAACAACAGGUGAAAGGAAGGAUAUUUCAGGCAAAGGGAAAUCAUAUAGAAAAGAUACAGAGAGGGAAGAGUAGUCUAAUUUGAAUUAUAGACAUCAUGGAAGGGAGUGAUUAUGAAUUAGGGCUGGAAAUAUAGGAGACUAACAAAUUAGAGGACGCUUUGAAAGUCAGUCAAAAACAUUUGAAUUUUUACUGAAUUUUAAACUGUCAUAGACAAUUUAAGCAAAGAGAUGACACUACUAGAUGCUGUUUGGAUGGGUGCAGAUAAAAAAUUAGACACUGGCAUGAAGAGGAUUGAAGUGGGCAGGAAUAGAGGUAGGAAGAUCUAUUAGAAGGCUAUUCUGCAGUAGAGAAGAAAUAGAAAGGAGAAUAGAUAUAGAUUUACAGUAUAAUUGGAAGGAGUUUAUGUUGGGUUCAUGUAGUCCAAUUUUCCCUUAUUUUGUAGAAGAGGAAACAGAGGCCAAGAGAUGUUAGGUGACUCAUCUGAGGUAACACAGGUAGCAAAUAACAAGAAUCUGGACUUGAACUCUUUGCAUUAUACCUGGUAUCUUAAAAUCCAAAAUUGGCCCUUUGGCUUCUCUUAUACAAGUUUCUAGAGUUUAGUGAACUCCACCCCAAGGGGAAAAUCUUCCCAACUCCCAAAUACCUUAAAGAAGUCUUUCAACUGUGGCCUUCCUGAGCCCUUUCUCUGUGAUCCAAUUCAAUUACCAGGCCCCCUCAGUCAGUCUGCCAGCUUCUGAAUGGGGAGAUAGAAUCAGCAAGACUUCUUUAUGAUAAGGGGUCAGGCAGAAGAAAAAGUCAAGCUUCUACCACGGAGAAAUUGGCCGAAUGGACCUUUGUGGACAUUCUUUGAGUCUAUGAUUCAACAAUUUGAGAUACCAGUCAAUUGAAGGACUUAGAACAAUGCCUGGCACAUAGUAGGUACAAAAUAAAUCCUUGUUG